GUUUCUAUUUUACCAAAAGAAAUAAGUUUGUUUGUCUACACAUCAAACAAUGCUGACAUCAGUAGUUUUGUGUAUUAUUUUUGUUCUUGUGGAUCGUUCAUUAUUGGUUGAUGCUAAAGAAAAGUUUACCAAUGCAGACAGAUCUGUCAGUAUAAUGGAAAGUCUUCGAAAACUAGUUAAAGAAAUACAACAACACGGUAAAGGUCAAGAUUGUAAAGCCCAUCAAAAGAAAACAGUUGCCUUCUAUGCUGCCCUGACUAAACAUACUUCACUAUCUGGGUCUCAGACGAUUGUGUACGACAAAAUUUACACAAACCUUGGUCAGGCCUAUGAUUCUAGUAAUGGUAAAUUCCGUGCACCGGUCAAUGGUCUUUACUACUUUGCCUGUUCUCAGAUAUCAACUGGUAGUACCCUCCACUUCAUAUUAAUGAAAAAUAACAACAAACUCGGCCAUGGACAUAGCAAUAAAAGUAAUGGUUCCGGAUCAGUGAUAGGAACAGUAGUAUUAAACAAAGGCGAUGUUAUGUCUAUCCAACAUCAAUCUGGUAGCGGAUCACAAACUGUACAUGGUUCAGGAUAUAGCACCUUCACUGGAUAUUUGAUUGCUACUUUAUAAAUGGACAUCACGUAAUGAUCAACGAAAUGUUCUACUAGAUGUCUUUUGUUUAAUUUACUUAUGCAGACUUGUAGUAGUAACUUUCUUAAAUUAUCUAGUACAAAUGUACAUUUGAUAAUCUUUUAAAUUACCGUUAUGUUCAAGAAGCAUUGUAGCCCAUGUUAAAAAACUUCUUUUAUAUUGGCAAUGUUCAAAAUUUACAGAAGCAUUUAAAUUGCAUACGAAAGUCUCAUUAAUAUUAAACAAUAAAAACCUGCGAGUGACAUUGUACUAAAUUAACGUUUAACUUUAAUCACAUGUUUUGCGGUUAUUAAUGAUAACUAUAUAAUAUACAAAUCCUGCAGAGAAAAAUUUAUUAAACAGAUUCUUAAACUAUUAAAAAAUGUACGAAAUGUUGGGUG